CCGCGAUUCUAGGAUUACCCCAGGGAACCGUACCGGCCACUUACCUCUGGCCAUCGGGGACUGUCCCUCGUCUCUGUCCUUCCUGGCUUCGAUUUCCUGACUGACCGACCAAGGCCUGACUGACGGAUGGGCGGUGUGACUGAGGUGGACCUGCCCCACGCAGAGUGCAAGGACCCAGAGCCACAGCUACAGGCGGAGAGCAAGGAGCAUCUGCAGGGCGAGGAGAACUGCGAGGAGGAAGGUGAUCGAGGGCCAACUCGAAGUCAGGUUUCCAGCCCCAGCGUCGCCACCUCCAGCGCUGGUCGCCAGCUGCCGAUGCUGGAAGGGAAGCCGGGACCCUGCUUCUCCUCUCUGGAGUCCAGCAUCGAGGUCCUGAAGAAGAGAGCCCAGGAGCUGAUCGAAAACAUCAACGAGAGCAGGCAGAAGGACCACGCGCUCAUGACCAACUUCAGGGACAGCCUCAAGAUCAAGGUCUCGGACCUGACGGAGAAGCUGGAGGAGAGGAUGUACCAGAUCUACGACCACCACCACAAGGACCUCCACGAGUCUCGGACCUGA